AUGGCAAUGUUGUUCAUUCCAUCUGCCAUCAUGAUCUCAGUCCUGGUCUCUAGUUACCUCUAUGGCUCUGUCGCUCAGUCUCUCUACAAAGAACUUCACGAGGAGAUAACCUGUGUCAUGCAACGCCGAGCUGGACGUUUGGCACGUUCGUAUGCCCAUCCAAUGCGCCCUGCACUUACAGAACCCAUUCCAAAAGCAUUGAAGCCCACACCCAAUAAAGCAAAGCCUUACCGCCCGAAGGAGUUCGCUUGCAAAAUAAAUGCUGCCAGUGGUGCUGGGAGCACAUCACAUAUUUCAGGAGGAUCAAAGUGUCCGUUCUGUCUCCACUACAUCAGCGAGUUCCGUCCCACCAAAUGUUUCAAGUUUUACCCAAACGAUACUGGCUCACCUGGAAGGUUGAGGAUAGCCGUUGAAGAUCGUUACGACGAUCGAAGCUACCCCAAUAUGUCUGAUAAUGACAGAUUCUCUUCGUCCACCGAGAACAGCUUCCUCCUAGGCCACGUGAAACAAUGUGGCAACAGCCAUCACUACACCAAAUACUAUCGGCCCGAAGCCGAACUCCAACCUCAUAUUCCCCAGGCAGUCCAGCCAGUCAGACCUCACACCCCAUCCCAUCGACUUUCAAGCCCUCCCCGACAUUUCGUCAUGCGCUCAACUGAGCUCUCUAUAAAGGACUGGGAGGUAAAGAUGCGAGGUUUGGAGGCAAAGACAAGAGAUUCGGAGGCAAAGGCGCGAGAUUUGGAGGCAAAGGCGCGAGGUUGGGAGGCAAAGGCGCGAGGUUGGGAGGCACAGGCGCGAGAUUGGGAGGCACAGACGCAAGGUUGGGAGGCAAAGACGCAAGAUUGGGAGGCAAAGACGCGAGAUUUGGAGGCAAAGACGCAAGUUUUAGAGGCAAAGACGCAAAGUUUGGAGGCAAGGAUCAGACAUCGAGCUUUGCAGUUGGCGAUAUGCAGGAUUGACGCCUCGAUGGACCUCGAUGAGGACCUUUUGAGGGACGCUGGGGUGCUUGAUGAACUCCAUAGGCAUGACGAGCUCUAA